UCAACAUCUACUGCUGGAUUUCACCAGGAUCCCCCAGAUCAUCUUACACCGGAUAGACCGCCUGCCUGAUUAUAAUGGAAAAGAGGUUUUCUCAGACCAGCAGCUCUGUGGACAGGAGAGGAAUUCCAGUUUGGACCAAGAGGAAUCUGAACAUCCACAGAUAAAAGAAGAGCAGCAAGAACCAGAACAUCCCUGGACAAAAGAGGAAACCAUGGAGCUCCCCAUAAGUGAGCAGAAAGAGCAGCUUGUUCUAAGGCAGGAAACUGAACAUACAGGAGAGAAACCUUUACCAUGUUUAACAUGUGGAGAAAACUUUCUAAAAAAAGAGCAUUUAAUGGCUCACAUGAGUCUGAAGUGUUAUCAGUGUAAGAUCUGUAGAAAAAGCUUUAUUAAGAAAUCAAAACUUGAUAGACACACAAGAAUUCACACAGGUGAGAAGCCUUUUGAAUGUCUUUCCUGUGGAAAAAGCUUCACUCAGAAAUCUAAUUUUGACAGGCACAUGAGAAUUCACACAGGUGAGAAGCCUUUUACCUGUAACAUUUGUAACAAGAACUUUACUGAAAGAAGCAGUUUGACUACUCACACCAGAAUUCACACAGGUGAGAAGCCUUUUGAAUGUCUUUCCUGUGGAAGAUGCUUCACUCAGAAAUCUCAUUUUGAGAUACACAUGAGAAUUCACACGGGUGAAAAGCCUUUUGAAUGUCUGUCCUGUGGAAAACGCUUCACCUCUAAGACUGAACUUGAUAAACACACCAGAAUUCACACUGGUGAGAAACCUUUUUCCUGUACCAUUUGUAACAAGAACUUUACUGCCAAGAGUCACUUGACUAGACACAUGAGAAUUCACACAGGUGAGAAACCUUUUGAAUGUCUUUCCUGUGGAAAACGCUUCACCUCUAAGACUGAUCUUAAUGUUCACACCAGAAUUCAUACAGGUGAGAAGCCUUUUUCUUGCACGAUUUGUGGCAAAAGUUUUACUCUAAAAAGUAAUUUGACUAAACAUAUGAGAAUUCACACAGUUGAGAACCUGUUCUGAAUGAUUAUUCAAA